GCGAGCACAACAUUCUUGUGGAGCUAUGGCAUCGCCGCAUGCUGCCCAUUCUGACUUGGAGAGCCUUCACUUGCUUUCCACACACUCAGAAGGCAUUGGCACAACUGUGACCCGGAGCAGAUUCUGGCGGUGGGUUGGUGUGCUUGCACUUGGCUUGAGUGCCAUCGUUUGCGUUGUCACUUUGCCACCAAAUGGACAUGCAUUCUUCAUGAUGGACUUACCGUCACAAGAUCAUCCAGAGGACUUGCUGCGCCGAGAGGAUGUAUUGAUCCAAGAAGGUCUCCAGCAUCAGCUGGCAAAGCUGAGUCAUGUCGAGCCGAUUGUAGACGAGAAACCUUCAGAACCAGUGAAGCUGGUGACUCCUGCGCCACUUGCACCAGUGACGCUUGCACCGGUGAAACUCCCGAAGCUGAAGCUGCUGAAGAUGCCGAAUCUGACGCCGAUGCCUAGCGCAGCUGCAGUCCCGACUAACAUCGUCACGCCCGUCUUGCUUCCGCAGAGAUCACAGAGUCUCAGCAACUCGACUAUUUGGGAGGACCCAUUCUCCAUGUUCUGUUUUUUGGUGGUAGUCCAAUCUGAGAUGGAAUUGAUCCGAUGGCAGUUCAAGAAUGGCGCCGGAAUUUUUCUAUGCACCAGCUGGCGGGUCUAUUCUGGAGAGAAGGAACCUAUGCUGAUAGGGACAUAUCCUGAUGGCACAAUCGCAAAGACGACGUCCAUUCCAGGACCAGAAGCCUUUUUUGGAAAGGCAUACUUUUGGGGCUGUGACCACAGCACCAAGUACUUGAUGAACGCGAAUGUCCUACAGCGUGCUUGGGAUAAUGCACAAGCAGAUGGUGUUGCAGGCCUUCACUCUUGGAUUAUCAAGGUGGACCCAGACUCCGCACUCAGCCCAGUUCGACUUCGCAAAAUCUUCAAAACAAAGCAGUUUCACAAGCAGGACAAUGCAAGUACGACUGUUGGAAGGUACUUCAAAAAUUGCCGGGUGAUGAGUUCGAUGCAGGGCUCGAUUGAGAUCCUUUCACGCCAAGCCUUCUACCUCUAUAAUGGUAAGAAAGCGGAGUGUCAAAGGUCCAUGGAUUGGUGGCACAUGGGCGAAGACAUUUUCACCUUCAAAUGUUUGGAACAACUGGGAGUUGAAGCCUCGGACAUUGGAGAGGGUGUGCUGGACACCUACUGCGCGCGGAGCAUGUCAUGUGUUCAGCAUCAUGGACUACCAAACUGUUCGUUGCCCAAUGUGGCUUUGUUCCAUCCAUUGAAGAGUCGUGAUCAGUUCGAGAAGUGCUGGAAAGAGAUUCAACGCGUGGAACAGAGUUCCAUGGAGCAAUAAUGAGUUGUGUGGAGAGAAGCUUUCCUCAAGAAGAGGGAAGCCAUGUUUUCUUUGCAGGGCGUGGGUGUCCCGUAAAAAGGCAUAUAUAUGGCUCAUCA